GCUGGACUAGAAUUAAACAGUUGACGCAAUUAGCAAAAAAACACACUUUAAAAUUUAAUGUAGAACCAAAUUAUAAGUUGCAUUGCAUGUAAAAAUAGCCACAUUUUGUUAUAAAGAAUACACGUAACCCUGUUAGAUACGAUGGAUAACCUUCGGUACUUGGAGAAUUUGGGCUGGAGCACGUGGUCAACUCCGUAUUCUCGGGACAAACCGUUCACUUCAUUUCAUUCACUGAGAAUCAUAAAUGAUCGGAUAACCUCUUUUUCCGCCUUGGCCAGACCAACGGUGGCCGUCGUGGGGGAACAGGGCUGUGGAAAAACUUCCGUGUUGGAGUCCUUGAUUGGGACAGGAUUUCUCCCAAAAAAGUUCAAAACGGCUGAUGGCGACGCGAAAGGAGGCGAAGUGAAGAAAAUGAUGCAAACACGUUGCCCCGUGGUUAUCAACCUGGUGAAAGUCUCGUCUGUUGCGGAAUGUCGACACACAUGUUGGGUAGAAUUUGACCAUCACAAUCCCACACGACAAAUUUUGGACUUUGACGAAGUUGAAGCCGAAAUUGAGCAAAGAAUGGAGCUUUUAUCCUCACAAAGUGCAAAUGGAGUAUCUGAAGUUGAGAUUGUUCUCACUUUUUACUCCUCAGAGGUUCUCAGCAUGACACUCAUCGACUUGCCUGGAUUGACUUUGGAACAAAGCACUGGUGAAUGGGAGAAAGGGGAGGCUCACAAUUUGAUCCUCAAGUACGUCCGUGAACCUGAUGUCGUGAUACUGGCCGUGGCAUCGGCCCCCUCCUACGUCGCCGCACCAUCCCGAAUACUUGAUUUUGUUAGAAAAGUUGACCCAUUUGAAAAGAGGUCGUUCGUUGUGGUUUCACAUUGGGACAAACUUCCAACUCUGUUUCAAGGACGAAAAAUGAUUUUGGGCAAGUGUGAAAGGCUUGAUUUGGGAUUGGUAGGGAUUCAAAAUCGGACAGAGGAGCAACUUUUCAGAGGAACUUCUGUACAGGAUUCGCAAGUUGAAGCACAACAUUUCCUCCUACAUAAUUAUGAAGGUCUUAUCACCGUCCUGACCGGAGUUGGCGUUGGAUCACGAUACUUGGUUGAACGAGUCUGUGAAGUCAUCAUUUUCUUGUGGGGGUCACAGUUUGAGGAACACGAAUCGGUUAAGCGCACGGUUUUGCGAGAAAUUAAGGCCAAGAUUAAGAAAAUGAAGGUAUUGAUUGUGAAACUCUCCAAGAAAAAAUUCCUGGAUACAAGUCAGCUUAAACGGAAAAUAAGGGAAUUGGAGUACGUCGCCACCAUAUUUGACAAGGGCUGGAAGGAUUUUGGAAUUGAAGGAAGUGCUACAAAACACAAACAACUGAGUGAACAGUUUCUCACUUGAUUUUAUAAUAUUCAGUUUUGUGUAUUGCAUUGUUUUACUAAAUCCUUCACCCUGCAUUACUAAUAAAAAGAGCUUA